AUGGCGGCCGCCAAGUCCGGCGAGCUGAUGGGCAUCUGCUCCAGCUACCAGGCGGUGAUGCCGCACUUCGUGUGCCUGGCGGACGAGUUCCCGCAGCCGGUGCGGCCCGCCAAGCUGUGCAAGGGCAAGGGCCGACUGCGGCGGCCGCGCCAGUCCCGCUUCAAGACGCAGCCGGUGACCUUCGACGAGAUCCAGGAGGUGGAGGAGGAGGGAGUGUCCCCCAUGGAGGAAGAGAAGGCCAAGAAGUCGUUCCUGCAGAGCCUGGAGUGCCUGCGCCGCAGCACGCAGAGCCUGUCGCUGCAGAGGGACCACCUUGGCAGCUGCAAGCUGAGGAACAGCCUGGACUCCAGCGACUCCGACUCGGCCCUGUGA